AUGACAGGCUGGGUGUGCGAAGUAUGCCUAGUCCCAAACGAUGACGUCCCGGCGUGUGUCUGUUGUACAACGCCUAGACCAGAUACCAAGGCUCAAGCAUCUGAUACAGAUGCACAAAAAGAGAGCCAUGAUAGCCCUGAGGCUGUCAGAGAGCAGGAAUCUGCCUUUGAAGGCACUGAGAUUCCCGGAGCGCGCGUUCGAAUGACCUUCGAGUUGGGGGAUUUACAGCCAAGCUGCCUUUUCGUUGUCGGAUCUUCUGAAGUAGACCAGCUCCCUAGAAGCAUAUGCGAUAGGCUUGCUGUAGAAGGAAGUGGAAAAUUGGAGCCUUUAUUCGAAUGCUCUGUACCGACACCUAUUGUUGAUGGAAUACGCGGUUCACUCAGUGCCGUAGCGUGCGGUUCAUUGCAUACCGCUGUGUUAACUCGAGCAGGCAAGGUUUUCACCUUUGGAUGCAAUGAUAUGGGUGCCCUUGGUAGGCACGAGACACAAAAGGUACCGGAAUGUGAACCUUGUAUUGUACGCCUUCGGCAAAUCGUAACACGAGUGUCUUGUGGUGACAACCACACGUUGUUCCUUACCAAUUCUGGUUCAGCAUUCUUUACGGGCGCGUUUCGCGACACGAUGGGUAAUAUAGGAAUACCUGACUUCUCCGAUAUGGAAUCACUGUCCAACGCGGGACAUAUAAAAACACCAGUGGCGUUGCCGUGCGAUGCCGCUGGAGCAGGGGCUAUACAGGAUAUAGCAUCAGGAGAGAAUCACUGCCUGCUGCUACCGGUAAGCGGUAAUGGAAUAUAUGUGAUGGGCAGCAACGAAUUCGGGCAGCUGAUGUUACCAACAGGAUAUCAGCCAACCAUUCCCACGGACGAGACACCAGAUCUAUCGGAAGAAAACAUGGCCAAACUUGCAUUAGCAUGGCCUCAAUUCCUUGAUGCAACACAAUUGGGAAUUAGAAAACCAGAACCUGUAAAUGGUGUUAAGCGACGCAAACACGGGGGGAAACUGAUUAGUCGAAUCUUUAGUGGAUAUUGUACGAGCUUCUUUGAAACAGGCAACUCAAAACGUAUCUAUGGAGCCGGACGCAACGCACAAGGUGAACUUGGUUGUGGAGGAGACGAACUUUGUGUUAUGCACCCAACCGAACUCCAGGGACUCCGAGGUCUACGCAUAUCUAAGAUACUCGGAGGACAGUACUUUGCUGUCGCACUAACGGAGGGUGGAAACGUAUUCACUUGGGGUAACUGCUGCUACACGGGACACGGAGUUGAAGACGAUUUUGGAAAACAAUCUACACCUAAGAAGCUUGAUUUCUUCAAAGAUAAUGUAGACGACGUAUUUGUUGGAGCUGACGCAGCAUUUGCUAUUACUGAUCGUGGACGAUUAUAUGCCUGGGGAUCAGCACAGAAUUACGUACUAGGAAACGGACGUGAUUACCUCUUCCAAAAGGUACCUGAAGAGGUACCACGUAACUACUUUACCGGAUAUCAUGUAGUUGGUGGUAUGGGUGGCUCGCAGCACACUGUAUUUUUGUGCCGCAGGUACAAGUAA